UGUAGUUCUUUUCUUCCUCGCGCUGCCGGUCCCUCCUCAGCGGAGAUCGGACAGGCUCGGGGCCGGCGCGGCCAGGAGCGCAGGAGGCCGGCGGUCGGUUCCCGGGCAUAGGGAUCCGUUGGGAUUCAGGGCCGGCCUCGAGGUGCCCCGCUCAGAGGAAUGGAACCUGCCUUCGGGGAAGUGAACCAGCUCGGGGGGGUGUUUGUCAACGGGAGACCCCUGCCCAAUGCCAUCAGGCUGCGGAUUGUGGAACUGGCGCAACUGGGUAUCAGGCCGUGUGACAUCAGCCGGCAGCUCCGCGUUUCCCACGGCUGUGUCAGCAAAAUCCUGGCUCGCUACAACGAGACCGGCUCCAUCCUACCGGGGGCUAUCGGCGGCAGCAAGCCUCGGGUCACCACUCCCACCGUGGUAAAACAUAUCCGGACCUACAAACAAAGGGAUCCGGGCAUCUUCGCCUGGGAGAUCCGGGAUCGCCUGCUGGCCGACGGCGUGUGUGACAAGUACAACGUGCCGUCGGUCAGCUCCAUCAGCCGCAUCCUCCGGAACAAAAUCGGGAACCUGUCUCAGCAGAGUCACUACGAGUCUUACAAGCAGCACCAGCCGCCCCCACAGCCUGCUCUGCCCUACAACCACAUCUACCCCUACCCCAGCCCUAUCGCUGCUGCAGGAGCCAAGGUGUCCACCCCUCCCGGAGUGCCGGCGAUCCCCAGCUCCAUGGCCAUGCCCAGGACGUGGCCGUCCUCUCACUCGGUGACGGACAUCCUGGGGAUCCGGUCCAUAACAGACCAAGCAGUGAAUGACACUUCGCCUUACCCCAGCCCCAAGGUGGAGGAAUGGAGCAGCUUGGGCCGAAAUAGCUUCCACCCGCCGGCCCAGCAUGCCGUGAACGGGUUGGAGAAGAGCUCCCUUGAGCAGGAGACCAAGUAUAGCCAGGAAGCAGAUGUGCGUAUUGCGAAAGGGAGCCGAUACUCAUUAAUGGGAAAAAUCUUGUAACUGGGGAUGUCUAAGAGCAAGCUUGUUCCUGGAAAUGGUACACUGUUUGGAGGCCUCAUCCCAAACCCGCUGGAGCUGCAGAAAAUAUUCCUCCUAAUUCAGAGGGGUUUGUGAACAUAGUCUGAGUGAAGUCUUCCUCUGACACACUGGCCAAACCCCUAAGCAGCAACUACCUCAGGUCUCAGUUGAACUUCUGAACUGCUGGGAUGUCACUCCCUG